UAGUAUAUGAGCAUCUGAUUCAUUCCUGAUGGAUAAAAUCACAUUGACAGUUUGCUAAAAAAAAAAAGAUCUGGAUUGCAAAUACAAAUGCUGACUUCAAAUCUCUUGUUCUCUGUCCACACAGAUUAACAAUCCAUGCUGAGUGCCCUAUGCACCUGGAGGAUUUUCCCAUGGACGCCCAUGCCUGCCCACUAAAGUUUGGGAGCUAUGCCUACACUAACAAUGAGGUUGUCUACAUUUGGACGGCGGACGAUGAGAAAUCUGUUUCUGUGGCUCCUGAUGGUUCUAGACUCAACCAGUAUGACCUGUUGGGCCAUGUCAUUGGCAAAGAGACCAUCAGCUCCAGUACAGGAGAAUAUGUGGUGAUGACAACGUAUUUCCAUCUGAAAAGGAAAAUUGGCUAUUUCGUGAUCCAGACGUAUCUCCCCUGCAUAAUGACCGUCAUCCUCUCUCAGGUGUCCUUCUGGCUGAACCGCGAGUCUGUGCCGGCGCGCACCGUCUUUGACUCUGGAACCAACUGA